AUGGCAUCAGGGAAGCUUUUAUGUGAUUAUUAUUCUAUUAUUGANAGAAUGUCUCAUAAAUGUAAUUAUAUUUCUAAAUGACUUAGGCGGAAAUGGAAACUAAUACUAUUGGAUGAAAGGGUUGCUUUGAAUAGAGAAAAACAAUUAUAUCUGACUAAUAAAGAGAAAAUAAAUCACAUGAAGAAAAAGUUUUUAGUUGACUCUGAACAACUGAGGUCUCAACUUUUGUUAGCUUAACAAUUUGAUUAGAACAAUAGGAAGAAAGAUUUAAUAAGGAAACUCAAAUCAGAAAUGGAAGACUAAUAAAGUAAGAUUGCUAAAGAUACAGAGAAAUCAGAUAAUUGGAGAUUAAUAAUAUUAUAGAGGGCCAGGAUCUUAGACUAGAUGGAAAUAAAUAUAAAUGAUGAAAAUCCUCAAUCGUCAUUAUUAUAUUCUCUAGAACAAUUAUAUCGGCUAUAUAUUUAAAUGGGAGAAAUCGACUUAAAUGAUUAUAUACAAGAAUAGUCAAUCUCGAAAAUGAAUUAACCAUAUGAUAACUAAAAAUAAGCAGAGUCCUCUUAACAAGCGAUAUAAGAUAGAAGUUAAGAAUAGUAGGAUCAAUUAGCAAAGCAAUUAAUAAUAUAAAAAGAAGAGUUGUAAAAUUAAAAGAACAAGGUUAUUGUUAAUAAAUAUUUUAGAUUCAUAGCACUUAUCCUUAGAGUAUAGAUGCCAAGGAAAGGUUGCUAAGGUAUUAAGAAUUUAUACAACAAAAGGUUUGA